AACAGAAAACUGUCCACGCUGGUGCAGAAGAGCGAGCGCCGGGCCCACGCCCUGCAGCAGGUGAUGGAGCGGCGGGACGAGGACCGAAGGGCAGCGACGGAGGGGCUUGCGCGGGAGAACGAGCGCCUCAAGGCGGAGAGGAACGCCAUCGCGCUGGCGCUGGCCGCGAUCGCGCUGCAGUCGAUGGGAGGCGAGAAUGCAGAUCCAGCUGACGUAAUCAUGGAUGUGGAGGCAGCCGAAUUCGAUGGCCAGGAGCCCAUCCCCAGGUCCCCGAGCGUUUGGCUGCAGCUCAAGUACGAAAUCGACGACGAGGGGAACCUCACGUCUUUCAGCAAGAGCAAAGGGUCCCGCGUGAGGCCAUUCGACGGCGACGGGGCCCGUGGGGUCGCGGCCCUUGUGCAGCACGUCGCCAGGCUGUACAAUCAGCGCACGCAGCUGCGGUCACAUCAAAUGAGCGUCCUGAGGGAGCACCAGAAGAUGGCGCAGGCGGUUCGGCAAGCGGACAAGGAAUACAUGGACAUGCACGCCAUGAUGGACGACUUUGAGGCGGAGGUCAAAAAGAUGGAGUCGCAGUGGUCCGUGCCUCCCAUAUUCAACGACGCCGGCGCCCGCGACGCCUCCCUGACGGGCCGCCUGCACACAGCCCACCGCGCCCUCUCCAUGCUGUCCCUGGCCCUGAGCGGCCGCGAGGAGGAGCUCAACGAAGCCAGGGCUAAAGUGCUGGAACUGCGUUUCUACAGAGAGCUGCACGGCAAGGGCAUGUACGAAAGCAGGCAAACCGCAGGGGGCCAUGGGGACCACGGCAAGAGCACGGAUGGCGGGAAGAGAAGGGACGAGGUUGGUGAUGCUCGUGGCGAGGUGGGUGAACAGGGGAUCGGAUUGGAAGACUGUGAAGUUAGAACCAAGGAAGAGAACCGUGGGAUGGACUUUGGGGCGUUUGGUCCCAAGCAGGAAGGGGCUUCGAGGGGUGGGAAUGCGCUGCCAGGGGAAUUGGCAAUGGGAAACGGGGCCCAGCAAAAGACUUUUGGAUCCCAAGAGGAAGCGCUUGUGCAGCCGAUGGAGGAGAGGCUUGGCGAGGCAGCAGGAAAAGAGCUGACUUGUCGAGAGAGGAAGGAGGAUGCGGCGACGAAAAUCCAGGCCAGGUUUCGAGGCAAUAGGGCGCGCACUCUGUGCAGGAGCAAGCAGGUGACCGGGGUGCGCGGCGACCAAGUGGGCGAGGCGUCGUCUUCUGAGGUGUCUGUUGACGGAGAGGGCGUGCGAGAGCAAGGCGAAGGCGGCGAGAAGCGUGGGCUGGACUCGGACAUUGGCGCAGGGGUGCGAGAGGGGGCGAAGGACGGCGAGCGGAGGGGGGAGAAUGAAGGCGCCGCUGCGGUGAAGAUCCAGGCCGGGUUCAGGGGCCACCGGGCGCGCAAGGAGGCGGCCCUUCGCAGAGAAGGGGUGAGGAGGGCGGACGCGGCGGGCACAGUGCAGGCGCAUUACCGCGGACACCGAGCGAGAAAGUCCGUGGCGGGCAUGAGGGAGGAAAAGAAGGCCCGGGAAGAGGGCGCCGCCACGAAGAUACAGACGCACGUUCGGGGACGUCAGGCCAGGGCGCGGGUUGCUGAUAUGCGGUCGAGACGUUUGGCGAGUGAGGUUAGGGAGACAAGGGCGUCGCCCGAGCGUGAGAGCCCGGAGGAGAGUAUUGAGGUAGGCCUCAGGGCAAGCCCUUCGGGCACCGUAUCUGUGGUGUUGUCGGACGGCUCCCUCGUGGACGUGGGGCUGACCACGAGCCCCUCGGGGACAGUGUCCAUGAGGCUAUCCGAAAGGGCUACCAAAAAGGCGAAAAGGGAAGCUGGAGAAGCUGACGGUGUCUCAAAGGGGAACGAAAAUACAGAUUGUGUCUCAAAGGAAGCCGGAGCCCCAGAGAAUGUCUCAAAAAAGACUGGAGAACCAGUUGGUGGGGAGUGCAAGGAUGCCGGGGUUGGGGUUGGGCUGGUGGCCACUCCUUCUGGCAACGUGUCUGUCACAUUGACGGACAAGUAUGCCCACGAGCCACCCGUGGACGAGCAGCCGUCCUCGGCCCCAACUGGCGACGAGCGUGGUCGAGCAGAUCACACAGAAACUCGUUCGGAACCCGAGAAGGCGUCAGGCGAAGGCGCCCCGCCUGUUGAGAGCAACGUGGAAGCGACACUUGUUGAUGCCGCGAAUGGCGCCAGCGACGGGGAGGCCGAGGGCUCAGAUGCCUGCGGCCAGAAUGUCGCCGCGCAUCUGGGCAUCACUCGGUCAGGCAACGUGACAGUGGAAUUGUCGGAUCAACGCGACAGUAACAUCUUGAAUGCGCCAAUUUCUGAUGAAGACAGGCGGAAUCCCAGCGUCACGGAAAAUGCCGGCGGGGCCGUCGGGGUGCAUCUGGGUGUGACCCAGUCGGGCAAUGUAACCGUGGGUUUGUUGGAUGGACCCGAAGGCAAUAUACGGGAUGCACCAAGUUCUGUGGACGACAGUCGCCAUGCCCAAGCCAUAGAAAAUCCUAGUGGAUCCAUUGGUGUGCGUCUGGGUGUGACUCAAUCGGGGAUUGUUUCUGUAAAACUGUCGGACCAGAAUGUCGAGGAGACGUUAGACGCGGCACGCUCUGGCGAGCAGCACGAGCCGGCCACGCUCUCGGCAGAGGAGUCGCCCCCGGGACAAGAAUUAGGCGCUGAGGAGGAACGCCCGGCUGGCUUGAGCGAGGAACAGAUGGCGACUGCGGAAGGUGACGUUGAGAAGGAUGCCGCGAGAGCACAAGUGGAUGGAGUCGGGAUGGGGAUCCCUGGAUCUCUCCACGUCCCCCACUGA